AUGGUUAUGGCUGAAGAACACGAUGAGCAUACGUUUUUGUGUGGCUAUCAACGUGCUCGAGGGUACGGAAGUACCGCAAGACCACAGAAUUCAACGCAUCGUUACAAGUCUAUUAUACGCCAUCAAGUUGAACCCAGCGACACUCUUCAAGGGCUUGUGCUCAGGUAUAACACUUCGAUGACUGAAAUAAAACGUUUGAAUCGGUUAUGGUCGAAUGAAAGUUUGUAUUUAAUGGAAUACGUAAAUAUUCCAAUUUAUGAAGCUGAACCAAUCGCCAGUGAUAGUGUCAACAUUAAUAGUUGUGUAGAAAUGGACAGUUCACAAAAAAAAAUUCGAUCACAGUCAUCAUCAUCAUCAUCGGCAUUAUUUUUUGGUGCAAAAAGUCUUGAUGAUCGACAGCAACAACAUAACCAGGGCACUAUGAAUGAGGAGAUCACUGAAAGUGUUCAAGAGCUUUUCAAACGAAUCGAUUCUAAUAUUGAUAAAACAAAAAGAUUGGGAAAAUACUCAAGGUCAGCCGCCCGUUUCAUUUCAUUCUCAUUCUCGACUUCUUUUGCGUUGAAACAAUAG